AUGGCCGCUGUUUACAAUUCCAAGUUUGGGGAUACCGUUGAAGGAGCUAGGGCAGCUCAUUUUCAACAACUGGUACUUGAAGAAUUACGGGUUUCAGCAUCAUACCGCAAAGCUUACAAGGCCAAGGUUUUAUCAACCACGAGACUCAGAGGGUUUGAUGAUGCUUCUUACACAAAGCUCCAUGAGUAUCUCUAUUUGUUGAAAGCAUCAAAUCCGGAUUCAAUAGCAGAUUUGGAAACAGAGACAGAUGAGGACGGAAAUGUUAGAUUCAAAUAUUUGUUUCUCUCAUUCAGUGCGUCUAUUAUCGGCUUCAGGCGGCUUCGUCAUGUGAUUGUUGUGGAUGGAACUCACCUUAGUGGGAAAUUCAGAGGUUGUCUACUCACUGCGGCCAGACAAGAUGCCAAUUUCCAGGUCUUCCCUCUUGCUUACGCCGUAGUUGACAGUGAAAACGAAGCAUCUUGGACCUGGUUUUUUAGGAAAAUAGAAAUUUUUUUGCUAGACGGAAAAUACCUCACAAUCAUCUCCGAUAGAUACUUGUCUAUCUAUGCUGCGAAGAAACAAAUCUACCCCAACGCUCAUCAUGGUGCUUGUAUUGUACACUUGGCCAGAAAUGUCGUAGAAAAAUUCAAAAGUAAGGGCCUAGGGAAACUAGUUACAGACUCACGUAUGAAAUGGUGCGUCGGUAAGUUUCAUCAGCUGUACGAGACGAUCAGAACCACAAAUCCUCAAUGUGGUCAAUACCUAGAGAAGAUUGGGCUAGCUCAUUGGUCUAAUGCUUAUUUCCAAGGGCAACGAUACAAUCUGAUGACAAGUAACGCUUGCGAGCAGCUAAACAAAGCUUUGAAGAAAGGAAGAUCAUCUCCUAUUGUAGAGCUGCUAUGA